AUGAACAGGACCGACAGCCGGAUCGGCACGAUCGAGGUCAAGAUCAAGAAGCUGGACAACGAGCUCGCGACGUACAAGGCACAGAUGGCCAAGCUGCGCGAUGGACCUGGCAAGACAGCAGUGCAGCAGCGCGCUCUCCGGACGCUGAAGCAGAAGCGCAUGUACGAGACGCAGCUUAACACGCUGCAGCAGCAGACGUUCAACAUGGAGCAGGCGGCGAUGACGACGGAGAACCUGAAGAACACGAUGACGACGGUGGACGCGAUGCGCGUCGCGAACAAGGAGAUGAAGAAGCAGUACAAGGGCAUCGACAUUGACAAGAUUGAGAGCAUCCACUACGACAUGGAGGACCUGAUUGAGCAGGCGAACGAGAUCCAGGAGUCGCUUGGCCGCUCGUACGGCGUCCCCGAGGAGAUUGACGAGGACGACCUCCAGGCCGAGCUGGACGCGCUCGGGCUCGACGACGAUAUCGGCGAGACCGAGGCCCCGUCGUACCUCCAGGACUCGACUGCGCUGCCCGACUUUGUCGACGCCGCGCCCGUCGAGGAGGAGGCGCCGAAGCAGCCCGCCGCGGAGAUUGCCCGAUGA